AUGAAUUCUUACAAGAUGAUUAAUAGUAAAACAGCUGAUGGAGUUCAUAGACCAAAGGAAGAGGUAAACAGUUACAGUGCAGAAGAGCUUAUGAUCAUGAAGACUCAAGGUAUUGGAUAUGUGUUUCAGAGAUGGCAGAGUGAAAAGAGCCUUACUGCAUCACUGCAAUUUACCGAGGAGCAGCCUAGCCGUAGACAUGUGUACUUUGCAGAAUACAGAGAGGAAGCUAGGGAACUUGAGUUACAAGCAAAAAGCAAAACUGAUAUCUCCAAGAUGCAGAUUCCUAAAUAUAUUAAAAAGAUAAUGGAUAGAUCAUACAGAGAUCUUGAGGCAAGGAAGAGCAGGGCAAAAGAUUUGGAGAAGUUAUAUAUGGAUAUGUCAAUGCAGAAGGAAUUACAUAAAAAGGGUCGGAAACGUAAGCUACGUGAAGAUGAGAUACUCAACCCAAAUGGUAAACCAGUAUACAUAUGGAAGGCAGAUCAAAAACGCUGA